AUGUCUCCCUGGGGAGUCGGCGUCCUGAUGGCACUGUGCUUCCUGCGGCAGGCCAGAGGUCAUAAUCAACUUCCCCCUCCUCGAAAUGUUACACUACUGUCAAAGGAUUUUGACAUGAUUUUGACUUGGUCUCCAGGAGAAGGCUUCCCGCCAGACAUGGCAUACACCGUGAGGUAUGAAAGUCAGGACCGCAUUGACAAAUGGAUAAAGGUUCCUCAUUGCAAAAAUAUUCAUAGAACCUCUUGCAACCUGACUUGUGUGCUUCCAAACUUUGUCAAAGCCCGGGCUCGAGUAAAAGCUGUUUCUGGACAAGUCCAGUCGCCGUGGGUAGUGUCACAAUUCAAGGAAUACCAUUUGGAUGUGGAACUGGCUCCCCCAGUGCUAAAUGUGAAUGUCGAGGAGAACUUAAUCCAUGUGAAUGCCUCCUUCCCUUUGGCCACCUGUGUGGAGGGAUUCUCUUGGAUGUACGACUUGAACCUUUGGGAAGCUGGAUCUGAAGACAAGAAGGAAUACAAUGAUAACUUUAGGAAGAAUACAGUGACUAUUGACACCACUGCACUUAGAGGCAACUACUGUUUAAGUGCCAGAUCUUCCUUCCAAAGCAUUGACUUCAAGCACAGCAAAUUCUCCCAACCAGUAUGUGUGCUACUAAACCACAAAGCUGUGGAAUGGAAGUUCCCAUUUUCUGCCACGAUCCCUGUGUUAGCCCUCCCCAUCCUUCUGACAAGUGCCUUCACCAUCUGCUUGCUGAAACAAGAUGCUAAGCACAAGAAGGUGCCUCAUGCUUUGGAUUUCUUUCAUUUAAAAGCUGCUGGACCAGCCUUUCAGUGGGAGCUCAGUGAAAAGGAAUUCUUGAGGGACUACCUUAUCUGCACAGAAAAUCCAGUGUCACAAAACAAAGCAAACAAAACUUCAGGAAGAAACAACCUACCAUGCGUGGGUUCUUUCCUCUCAUCAUCAUCAUCAGAAGAGGAGGAGGGGGAGGAGGAAGAAGAAGACGACAGCAGUACUUUCAUUCAAUACACUGAAAUGCCUCAGUUUCCUAAGAGAUAUCUCAACUGUCAAUCAUCCAGAACAACUCAGGGGGAAACUAGCUUGGACUCCGGAUCUGGAGGGCUCUCCGUGGAUAGUGAAUCUGUGCUUGACCUAAGUACCUUGGGUUUCUCUUUCUUCCCAAUGAGAAGGAAUCAGGUGGACACCUCAGGAUCCCAAGGAAAUGAGAAGGCAUCCCUUUCUCACAGUUCCUCUUUGGGAAGAAUAUCCCUCACUGAUAUAAAGUCCCCAGGUCCCAGAGAACAUGAACAGCGUGAUACAGACGGGGAUGAAUGCCUAGAAAUGACCUCUUUUCACACACUGAUGGAGGGGACUUGUGCCAAACUCCCAGCCAAUGAACACCCCCUGCAUAGGAAGGCUCAUCAUCUCCCCAAGUAUUCCCAGAAACCAACAGCUGAUCUGCAUGUCGGGAUCGGUGAAGUACCACAGCUCGGUGAGGAUCCCAGCUCUGAGCUGCUCACUGCCUUCCAGACAUUACAGGUGGCACAAGAUGAAGGUAUUGCAAGUGACUGCGACAGCGAUAAUUUUGCAGAAGGGACACCUCCUGCAUCCACGCUGCUAAGUGACUCAUUCGAACCUUCAAAUAGGGAGGAAAAAGACAAUCACAAGUUUAAAUUCAAAGGCUACGAGCACAGAUAUGAUAUGAGAACGAGUUAG